AUGGAGGAGUGGGAGUAUCUAGGAGGACAACGGGAUCUCUACAAGGUCAAGAAUUGCUCAUCCCUCCCUUGUUUCCAGCUGGAAGGCAAUAAAACACACAUGACUGAGAGGAUUAUACACCUCGCCCUGGAGAUCAUCUGCCUGGUGACCGGAGAGAGUUUUCCUCCUGUGAAGUCUGGUGACCAUGUUACCAUCAAGGUGUCUCCACCUCCCUCCCUGACACCUGAGAGGAACAAAGAACAGAAGAUCCUAGAAGUCACCAAGAAGAUCAUUAAGCUGCUGACAGGAGAGGUGGAACAUCUGCUAAAUGUUAAAGUUGAAGUCACAGAGCGUAAAGAAGAGGUGUAUAUGAGGACCGGUGUGCAGUGUAAGGACGAGAAAGUUCCUACAGAUGGAUUCAGUAAGGGGAACCCACCAGAGAGAUGUUCCCGGGAUUCCACACAGGAAGAUCACACCAUCCCUCGCCAUUAUCAGGGCGACGAUCUGACGAAGCUUAAAGCAGAAGGUGUGGAUGAAGAUGAGGAUGAGGAGGUGUAUAUGGUGGUUGACUGGCCAUGUAAGGAGAAGCCCGUUCCUCCAAAGAUCAGCACAGAAGGAUCCAGCAGCAGAAUAAUACCGGAGAAGCGUCCCCAACCUCUGUAUUCCCGGGAUUCCACAAAGAAAGGCCGCAGCAUCCCUCACCGUGAUCAGGAUAAGAAUUUAGAAGAUUUUCAGGUUGUCGUUAUUAAAGAAGAGAAAGAGGAGAACUUGGCAUUUCCCAUGUUGACGAGGGAGGAGGAGGAAAUUCCAGCAGAGAUCGGGACAGACGGCCACUACGUCAGGAAGACUGCAGAGAGAUAUCUUAGUUCUUCACUGAAUCACGCCAGUCGGAAUAGUGACGUCUCUCCAGAUUCCCCGGAAAACUUCCUCUACACCUCCGAUAUAAAUCUGGGACUCUACAUUGCUGACAUAUCACCCGAUUCCGGCAAGAGCAGCGGGGGGUAUCGGGGAGACCGGUUAUAUCGCUGCACUGAAUGCGAUAAGUCUUUUUGCCAGAACGCCGCCCUUGUUCGACAUCAGAGGAACCACACUGGUGAAAAGCCCUUCCCGUGCCUGGAAUGUGGGAAAAGUUUUACCCGGAAGUCGAUCCUGGUGGAACAUCGAAGGAUUCACACGGGGGAAAAGCCGUUCUCAUGUUUGGAGUGCGGAAAAUGUUUCACGCAGAGAUCAGGUCUCCUCAUUCACCGCAAGACCCACAGAGGCCCCAUGAAAUUUCCGUGCAGCGGGUGCGGUAAUUUUUUCACCCCAACGGUAAACACUGACACGGGGCAGAUAGAGACCUUCUGUGCCAGCUGCCGGAAAUCAAACCUCGCUCCCCCUCUUUCUCCUGAGCUCAGCCUGUGUGACACAGAAGAGAAAGCCAACCUUGGACAGGACAGCGGUAAAAACUUCUCGCAGGAGUCAAAACUUCCCAGCCAACCUAAAGUUCCCACGGGGGAAAAACGGUACACGUGUCCUGAGUGCCAGAAAAGCUUCACGCGGAAGUCCAUCCUGGUGGAGCACCAGAGAAUUCACACAGGGGAGAAGCCGUUCUCCUGCUCCCAGUGUUGGAAAAGCUUUACACAGAGAUCCGGCCUCGUCAUACACCGGAGGAUUCACGCACGCGAGAAGAUAUAUUCGUGCUCGGAGUGCAGGUGCAUUUUUACCCAGAAGGCCAACGGUCUUGUCGGUGAAGAGAGUUCCUGCCCUGACUGCCGAAACGCUUCUACUCAGAAGCCUUAGUGUGUGAAGCCAUCAAAAUUCCACGCCUUAUG